GAAACAUAAUAGUGUUAAUCUCUAACGUAAGUUUAUACCUUCUCAAGUUAUUCAAAAAAUUCAAAGAAGUUAGUAUAAAAGGCUUUGAUCUUUGCCAUCCUAAGUACACGCAAGAACAACCUGCAAGAUGCAAUAUCUACUCAUUGCAAUAAUUGGCACUACCAUUGUUGGUAUGUCAUAUUCAUCAACUGUUGAUUAUUCCAACUCUGUUCCAUACAAUAUUCUCUAUACGGUAUAUCCCUGGUAUGAAUCCGGAGCUGUGCUUGAAGUUUGGGCUAAUGAUGAAUCCUCCAACGCUGACAAAAAUCUCGCUACUAUUAUUCAAAACAAUCAGGAAGGAACCAACGUUCUAUAUCCUGAGAAAACCAAUAUUCAUAACGAAACGAACCAUUUAAAUAAUGCUAACGACGCUCAAAGAUUAUCUCAUAGUUUAUUGUGGCCGGCAAAUUACAGGAACUGGCCCAAAAAGUCGAACAAUGAUGAAAAUUGAAAAUUGGACAAUCUCGUGCACAACAAAUAAAUGACGAAUUUGCGAAUAAUACAAUUAUAUUCUAUUAUGCUUCUUAGUGUUAUAACGUAAAAUAAAGGCUAUAGAUCCGUUAAAGAGUU